UUAAAAAACCCUAUUUGCAAUGCCGGGGAGGUGGAUCAGUGCGUUGGGGGAAGAAGAAAUGGCGCGCCAUUGUUGCUGAGCUCUCAACCAUGGGCGGAGAUGUAGAAACAUUAUUUAGUCCUGAACUCAUACAAGUUCAGAGUUUUGGAGUUGAAUGCAAGAGGUGACCGUGGGAUCAAUGUUGUUCGGACUAGGAUUAAAGAUUUUGCUGGUGUUGCAGCAAGCAGUGGUCAAUGCCAUGGAAUGCCCUGAGGCAUCCCAUGGAAGCAUACUCCAAAGUGACAUGAUUCUUUCUUAUAUGCAACUAUAUCAGCAGGAUUGUGGAGCUCCCUUACAUCGAGGUCUACAAAAGUUCAGGUUUCCAGCCAAGAAUAUUCCCCCUCAUCAUCAUCAUCAACACUUUCUUAUAAGAUUGGAUCUCGAGGCGGGGACGAAGAAAGAAGGUAAUUCGUUCUUUAAAAUGCCGUAUAAUUAUGUUUAUAUUUAUAACGUAACAUCUUUACUUUAA